AUGUCUUAUCAGGGGUAUUCGCCAUACAACCAACCACCUCCCCAACAAGGGGGAUACUACCAGCAACCCCCGCCCCCUCAACAACAAUACGGCGCCCCUCCACCACCACCGGGCCAAUACUAUCAACAACCAGCCGGCGGUUACGGACAACCGCCCCCACCUCCCCAGCAACCGUACGGCGCUCCCCCGCCCGCUCAACCCUACGGUGCCCCUCCCCCGGGCCAGUACGGAGCAUACGGCGCCCCGCCUCCUCCCCAGCAGCCCUACGGAGCGCAGCAUGGAUAUUCGCCAGCUCCUCCUCCUCAACCGCCUUACGGCCACCCCCCGCCGGGCGCGCCACCCCAGGGAUACGGACAACCGCCUCCCCCACCGCAGCAAUACGGCGCUCCGUACGGCCAGCAAUUCCCGCCGGCCCCGCCGUCCCUCGGGUACGGACCCCCGCAGAUUAUCGCGUGGAAUGGCGAUGACGACGCGCGCGGUCUUCGCUCGGCCAUGAAGGGCUUCGGCACCGACGAGAAGGCGCUGAUCCGGAUCCUGGCCAACAAAGAUCCCCUGCAAAUCCACACCGUCCGCGACGCCUACUCUCGCCUGCACCGGCGCGAUCUGGUCGCCGACAUCAAGAGCGAGACAAGCAGCUGGUUUGAGGCCGGGCUGGUCUCGCUCGCCCGCGGCCCGCUGCUGAGCGAUGUGCAUCUGCUGCACGACGCCAUGUCCGGCAUCGGCACCAAGGAGGACGCGCUCAACGAUGUGUUGCUGGGGCGCACCAACGCUGAUCUGAACGCCAUCAAGAGCGAGUACCACCGGACCUUCCAUCGCCGGCUGGAGGACGACGUGCGCGGCGACCUGAGCAUGAAGACGGAGCGGCACUUUAUGAUUGUCCUGCAGGCCGUACGGGCGGAGGAGUCCGCGCCGGUGGUCAAGGCCGAGAUUGACCGGGAUGUUAACGACUUGUACAAUGCGACCGAGGCGAAGAUGGGGACCGACGAGAUGAAGGUGUGCAGCAUCUUGAGCACGCGGAACGAUAGCCAGCUGCGUGCGAUUGCGUACGAGUAUCAGCUCAAAUAUGCUCGGAGUCUGGAGCAUGUCAUUCGCAAGGAAUUCUCUGGCCAUAUGGAAGACGCACUCCUCUUCCAACUGCGCAGUGGUGUCGACAAAUACAUGCACCACGCCGCGCUUCUUGAGGACGCCAUGGCCGGCGCCGGCACCAAGGAUUAUCUCCUCGUCAGCCGUAUUGUUCGCUUCCACUGGGACCGCAACCACAUGGCCAACGUCGUUGGCGCUUACGAGAAACGGUACCAUCGCAGCCUGUCGAGCAGGAUCAAGGGGGAGACGAGCGGUGAUUACGAACGGUUGAUGCUGGCGUGUAUUGGAGAGCGCGUGUAG